CAAGAGAGACAGAGAGGAGAAGGAGUAAAGCCAGAGUGGAGACACCAGCAGGUGCUGAGGAGAGAAAAAAAAGGGUUGAAUAGCAAAAGGGUCCAAAAAAGAAGGAUAAUUAGGGAAAAGUGUGUUGAAAGAUAGAGUACUCAAACAGAAGCUAUAAUACAACCCAUUGACUUUUUCCUAAACUGGAGCACACUUAUCUUCUCUCUCAGCCACCUUUUCUUGUUCGGAUUCUCUUUACUAGGAUCAUCCCUUCUCCCUCCUCCUCCUCCUCCUCCUCCUCCUCUUCGUUUUGUCCUCCUUUUUGACAGACAGAGUCACCAUGGAAACCGGGAGCCCCAGGAAGAUACAGUUCACGGUCCCCCUGCUGGACACCCACCUGGACCCUGAGGCAGCUGAACAGAUCAGAAGACGUAGACCCACACCGGCAACUCUGGUUGCAUCCAGUGAUCAAUCAUCACCUGAAAUUGAUGAAGAUCGUCUCCCAACCCAGUUGUACAAGGCAGCGUUAUUGAACUCACCCCGGCAGCGGAGAAAAGGGCAGAAGGGAACACCUACGAUGAAAGAGCUGCAGUUCAUGGUGGAGCACCACCUGUACCGGCAGCAGCAAGGCGCUGGGGACGAGUGCUCCUCAGAGAGCUGCCUGUCAGACCGGCCCAGCCCUGACUCUUUUCCCCCUGGGGAGGAGCUCCCACACGACGACGAGGCCACAGUGGAGGCCUUUGAGAAACUGCGCUGCCAAAUGGAGGAGUUCUCCAGAGAGAGCCUAGAAGCUGCAGGUGGGCUCGAGUGCCCCCUCUCCAACGAGAAAGCAGGAUGUUCCAGUGCUGCCAGUGUAGCAGAUCCCUCAACGCAACAAAACAAUGCACAAGCAGACACAAAAGCAGCAGCAGCAUCCACUGCGAGUCAGCCGGCAGAGGAGAAGGCAAAGAAAAGCAGUCAGGAGAAGGAUAAAUAGAGCAGUCUUCUGUUCAACUCAAUGCUGCUCAGUCUGCUCAGCCAGCCCAACACAAUGACAGAAGAUUGUGUCUGCAGAUCUACUUUUUACAGACAUCAGGGCAUCUACGUUCCUCUACAGUCAGGCCUUAGUUUCCACCAGAGAACAAAGGUUUCUACUUUUAUUUUAUUAAAAAACUGUGUAAAUUAUAAGUAUUCCAUAAUGCUAUACUUGUUUUCUAUCUCUUCCCCCUGCAAUUAACAAAAUCUAGCUUACUAUUUGUACGAACUGAACUGGGAGUUACUAGAUAGAUAGAUAGAUAGAUAGAUAGAUAGAUAGAUACUUUAUUGAUCCCGAGGGAAAUUCAAAAUUUAAUUGAAUUUAAUUGAAUUCAAAAUUCAAUUAGGAAGGAGCGUCUGUCUCGUUCACACAAUCAUUGUCAUAAACAGACAUGCAUAGCAUCACCAAAAUUUGCAAAAACAUUGGAUGUCUAAUCUUUUUUUUUUUCAUGAACUAUGUGCCAUGACUUCUACAACUCGCAAUACAAAUGUUUUCCCCUCAUAAAUAAUGGGAUAAAAAAACAUCACUUAUUGAUUCAGAUAUUUUUCUCCGAAUGAGUUUGAUGCUGAGAGUGAAACAUAGACUACAACAUCUGGGAGAAUUUAAAUAUUUACUAAGACAUUACUGAUAUCUACUAUAAGACAUUGUUUUUUUUAUUCAGUUGAAAUUAAAUUGCAUGUUUUUUUGGUGCAGCGUUAGAGCCCUGAUACAUAUCUGCUUUGAAGUGAAAUUCACUUGGCACUUACUGCCCAUGGGAAAAAUUCUAAAAGACAGAAAUGUACACUCUAACAUUUACUACAUUUCAUGAUGGUGCCCCCUAUUAGCAGAAAUACCAGGAUGUAAAGAUGUAGCCUACACUAAUGGAGACCUUCUCUCCAACCAGUUAAAAACCAAACCAAAUAGUUUUUUCUUUUUUUGAACCAAAUCAACAUAAAGUGCCACCAUCCUGGUUGUAUCAGGUGAAACGUUUUAGAAUUAGAAUUAGAAUCAGUUUUGUGGGUCAAGACAUCAACAACCAAUCUGCAUUUGGUUCAAUUUGUAUUUACUGAGGUUCUCGUGUGUUAAGCUUUGAGUGACAUACAACGCACUCUAGUAGUUUUAGGGCCAUUGUAUUUUAAACCAGCUAUGAUUUAUAUCUGAUUUGCAAAACAUAAUACUAAUAAUUUCAUGAUGGUAAAUUGUUGCUGUCUAAAUUCCCUUGAAUCAAUCUGUAAAAAUGAUGGCUUAGAAAAAUCAGAAAUGGACUGUUAGUCUGAACAGAACCUGAGACUGACAGUCAAACAGCAGCCUGCUACACAACACAUGUCAACCUUCUUUUUUCACUUGCAUCUUUUUCGUCUUCAUUCUUAUCUCACUCACAAAAAAAGAACAAAUGCCUUGUCGUGCACCUUAGCUUGUCCAAUGAGCUACCUACCUAACGAACAUUCAAAGGGAAAACGUUCACUGCUAACUUCAGUUUGUAGGUUAGCUAGCUUAGGACAUGAGACAUGUAAACAUACCUUCAGAUUUUUUUGGGCUCUAGAUACAAUGUGGUCCUUAUUCUUUAACAUCCGGUCCAUUCAUAACAUGCAGGCUGAAAUCUUCAUUUGUUAACUGCUGUCAAUCAAACACAGACAUAGACCCGCCCCCAGCUGCAGAAUAGAAACAUUUAAAUUUCUACAAUUUCCAAAGACACACACACUCAAGCCCAUUUGAUAAGAAAAAAUAUGAAUGAUAAUUGUUUGAAGUUUAAAUGAGCUGAUUUCAUGUUUUGACUGAAAAUAUUGAUAAAUUAAUUUGGAUUUUGUAAUAAGAGUAAAAAGAAAUGAUUCGGAUACUAGGAUAAUAAUUCCUCCGAUAAUCUGCCAAUGAUAUCAUGAUUUCUUACAGUAGUACAAUCAUAUACCAGAUAACUGUGUUAUAUUUGAAGCAGGGUUCAGUAGGGUUUAAUCUGCAGAUAUGUUUUUUUUGUUGUAAACAAUACAUUUAAUUGGGAAAAGCCCCCACGGUGAAUAAAUUGCACCCUCAUAUUUGACACUUGAAUGGUUUUUGGGAAGCUCAUUUCCUGUUAUGAACAAAACUUCAUGCAUGGCACAGAAUGUAAUAUCAUUUCAGUCUUAACUUAAGGUCU